UCACCGCCUUUUCAGUUUUGACUUCGCAGUGGACAUUUUCAGGGAAGGGUAGAAAGAGAUUGCGAUUUUCUGAUGCUGAAGCUGAUGAAGAACAGCAUCAUAAUCAUAUAAGAAAGUAGGGGGUUUCUUCGAGCUAUUUUGUUCCUGAAAGAUGUUAGGUCGGACAUCAUUCUCAAGAACUGGGAGUUUCCGGCCAGAAAACCUAGGUCAAGAUGCUGUUAAAUUGAUUGGGAAUCUCUGCUUCACUAUUUUUGUAGUUGGGGUAUUGAUUUUCACCAUUAUAGCAGCUACUUAUGAGCCUGAGGAUCCAUUGUUUCAUCCUUCCAAUAAGCUGACAACUUUUCUCACCUCGACAUCCAAUGCAACUUUUAGAUCCGACGAUACAGUUGUUAGGACUGGCGAGGAUUUCAUGACUGUGAAUCAAACAGCUUUUGCAAAUUUCAUUAAUAUUACUGAUGUUGACGCUGCGGAGUUGUCGACUGUUACUACUGAUUGUGAAGGUGAUGUCGACAAGCCAGUUGACUGCACCGAUCAGGAAGUAUUUCACCUUAUGAUGAAAUCUGCUAUUGAAUACUUUAAGGAUAUACAUUUCUAUCGGUUUGGGAAAGCUGUUCGUGGUGAUAAUGAUACUUCCUGUCACAUGGCAUGGCGUUUUAGACCUAAGGAAGGAAAGGCAGCUGCGUUUUACAAGGAUUAUCGAAGCUUUGUGAUUUCAAGAUCAGAGAAUUGCACUCUCAGCGUUGUUUCAAUAGGAGAGUACCAUUCUGGAGGGAAUGCUAGGAAGAAGAAGAAGAGAAAGAACGAUAAGCCAGGUUUUGAGAAGGCUGGAACAAAUAAAGAACAGCAACAAACUAAUUUACCUGUGGUUGGUGAAACAGUUAACGAUGCUCUUCCCGAACUUGAAUCCGAGGCUUCGUUUACUCGUGGGCAGUACUUACUUUAUGAUGGAGGCGGAGACAAGUGCAAGAGCAUGGAUCAUUAUCUGUGGAGUUUCAUGUGUGCAUUAGGCGAAGCUCAAUACUUGAACAGGACUUUGGUUAUUGAUUUAAACAUUUGUUUGUCUUCUAUUUACACUUCAUCAAAUCAGAACGAAGAAGGCAAGGAUUUCAGGUUUUAUUUUGACUUUGAGCAUUUAAAAGAGUCUGCUUCUGUCUUGGACAAUGCUCAGUUUUGGUCGGAUUGGGACAAAUGGCACAAGAAGGACGGUUUGAGUCUUCAUCUGGUCGAGGAUUUCAAGGUAACGCCCAUGAAGCUAGCGGACGUGAAGGAAACUUUGAUAUUGAGGAAGUUUGGGUCAGUGGAGCCCGACAAUUACUGGUACAGAGUUUGCGAAGGAGAGACAGAAUCCAUCGUACAAAGGCCGUGGCAUUUGGUAUGGAAAUCUAGGCGGUUAAUGGACAUAGUUUCCUCGAUUACAGCAAGACUGAAUUGGGAUUUCGAUUCUAUUCACGUGGUAAGGGGAGAGAAGGCAAGAAACAAGGAGCUUUGGCCAAAUCUCGAAGCCGAUACGUCGCCCGAAUCGCUUCUCUCGGUCUUACAGGAGAAGAUCGACGACGGGAGGAAUCUAUACAUUGCGACAAAUGAACCAGACACGAAGUCGUUCUUCGAUCCGUUAAAGGAUAAGUAUACAACUCAUGUAUUGGACGAAUAUAAAGAUUUGUGGGAUGAAACUAGCGAGUGGUAUUCAGAAACAACGAAGCUGAACAAUGGUCUGCCAGUUGAGUUCGAUGGUUAUAUGAGGAAUUCAGUUGAUACUGAAGUGUUCUUGAGGGGGAAGAAGCAGAUUGAGACGUUUAAUGAUCUUACUAAGGAUUGUAAGGAUGGGAUUAACACGUGCAGUUUGUCUAGCUAAAAGAUCAUGGGAUGGGUAUGUCUGUUUGUUCUUUAGACAACAGUUUGAAUCUGUGAAUUAUUAUUAUAUUUUGUAGCAUUAUGUGUUUUUUUGUUCUUUAGUUUGAAUUUGUGAACAUUCCUUGACACAUGUACGUUUAGAAACAUUAGUAUCUAUCUACCUUCAUUCAUAAACAUAAGCUGAAUUGUUGUUGCUUAC